AUGCGGUUUGUUCGAGAUACUUUGACAGGUGUUGAUGCUCUGUUGUCAAAUUCCACUGUUUUAAGGUCUUCCUUAGAGCUAGCGGUAGUCGUCGAUUUUUCCAGUUCUCAAUCUACAAAUGUUGACAGUACAUUCAUUGAAGAAGUUGUGUUGGCAAUUCGAACAAUUGGAGAACAAGUUAAUAUCUACACAAAAAUGGCAGAUAUUCUACGAAAGCGCGAAAGUGUAUUACCGCCACAAUACUUUGUAGUCCUGAUACUAACUCGCGGUUAUAUCGACGAUCUAAAAGAGACGGUUCAAGCAAUAAUUUUUGCUUCAAGAGCUCCUAUAUCAAUAGUGUUCGUAGGAGUUGGUGAAGGUGACUUCUCAGAAAUUGAACGUCUCGGUAUGGCUGGUUGUAGGUUGAUUUAUCAGAAUCGACGAAUUGAUCGCGAUAUGAUGCAGUUUGUGAAUCAAACAAAGCUUUACAAUGCUGAGGAACAGCUAGAUGACGUAAAAGACGCUAUCAAUGAAGCCGCACUGAGCCAAAUACCGUGGCAGAUGACGAAAUGGAUGAUGAGGAAUGGAGUUAAAGCAGAAAAAUCGUCGUUUGAAGAGGACGACAAGGAGCAGCAACAGUCGACCCCAAAUACCGCCCCAGUUACCCGACGCCGGAUAAGUUCAGUUCGAUACGAUUCUCUAAUGGGAACCCUGUCAGAUUCCGACGAAGCUGAUCGUAGUCCAACAACUUCUGUUUUUUCAAGCAGUUUUUUUGACAAGACGUUUACCUUUGACUAUAACGCAGGAGUUGAGGAGUUAGAAAUUGAACCGGUGCUUUGCUGUUCCAAAAAGGAACCGGCUGUACGAUGA